AGUCGGACAUCGCUGGAUCCACUUUCAUGGCCGCCGGGUCUUCAGCUCCAGAAUUGGCCACUUCUCUGAUUGGAGUAUUUGUGGCUAAAGAUGACAUUGGAGUGGGAAUGGUUGUGGGAUCAGCUGUCUUUAACAUCGCCUUUGUCAUCAGUAUUUGUGCCCUUUUUGCCGGUCAUGUGGUUGUUAUCAAUUGGUGGCCAAUACUUCGCGUCUCUUUCUUCUAUUUGAUUAGUAUUUGUGUCCUCUUUAUCGCAAUGUUUGACGGAAAGAUAUCACUCAUUGAAUCCAUUGUCUUUUUGGCCAUUUAUGUCAUUUACAUUUUAUUUGUGGCUUAUAAUAAACAAAUUUAUAACAAGUUUUGUCACAAAUUUCAUGGUUUGGCUAAUAUUUCACGCGAAUCUUCUGAUUCAGUCAUUUACAAGACAUUAUCUAAAACGAAAACCUCUGAUGAAGUGGACAUAUCUAAUGCUAGUAUAGACAUUGGUGCCAAUGUUAACUACAAUACAAACUCAAUUGAUCAACAAUUGCACAUAACUUCAGAUAAGUGCCGACAAACAGAUACAUCGUUAGAAGACUCACAAUCAAAGGCCAAACUUGUGUGGAAUCUAUUGAUUAAACCAUUGAAUCUAAUUCAUUGGAUAACUGUUCCCGACUGUAGGGAUGAAAGCAAAAGGAAUUGCUUUGGAUUCACAUUCUUGAUGUCUUGCGUUUGGAUUUCUAUUUAUUCAUAUUUUAUCGUUUGGAUGAUGACUUUAAUUGGAUUUAAUUUACACAUUCCCGACACAGUGAUGGGUUUAGUUUUCAUAGCAUUUGGCGCCAGUCUUCCCGACGCUAUCGCCAGCCUUCUUGUGGUUCGUCAAGGGCUCGGAGAUAUGGCUGUGACUAAUGCUAUCGGCAGUAAUGUGUUUGAUAUAUUGGUUUGUUUAGGAGUUCCAUGGUUUUUAAAGACUGCUAUAGUUGAUCCAGGAUCUAGUGUAACCGUCUUUAGCAGAGGUUUGGAGUACUCGACAAUAUCCCUGCUCACAACUGUCGUAUUCUUCUUAGUAAUCACUCACUUGAACGGCUGGAAGCUUACACCAAAAUACGGUCUUAUUUUAAUGGUAUGGUAUUUAGCCUUUAUUUCAUUGGCCAGUCUUUAUGAACUCAAUGUCUUUGGAUAUCUCAAUCCUCCCGUUUGUUUCAAUGGCUAUUGAUUGCAUGAGAAUCUCAUAUUAAUUUGAUUCAAUUGACAAUAUAUUGAGUACCAGUAUAUGUGGGCCGGUAUUCCAAUUAUGAUAAGUAGGUAUAUAUAUAUGUGCCUUUCUAAUUAUCUACCUUAAAUAAUCCAGG